AUGCAGCCUUUCGUAUCUUUAGAGAAGCAUUCUGCCUCGACGGAAGUCGUUAAGAAUGCCUCUAAAUCUGUUGUAUCCGUUACCGAUGGGGAUGAGGCACUCAGGCUUGUUGGGAAAGAGAGAGAAGCCCAAUUCAGCGAGGAGUACAAUUUACAGUUACGGGGAAAGCUGGAUCGGUGGAUCCCUCCGUUAUGUGCCGCAGUGUACUUUACCCAAUUCCUUGACAAGACUUCGUUGAAUUAUGCGAGUAUCAUGGAGUUUCCAAUUGGAGGACAGGACUACAACCUUGUAUCGAUGGCAUUUUAUCUAGGGUUUCUUGUAUGGGAGUUUCCUACCGUAUAUAUAUCUCAGAAACUACGACUAGCCAAGUACCUCGGCGUCAACAUUGUUCUCUGGGGGAUCGUAUUGAUGCUACACGCAACAACGUCGAGUUUCGGUGCCUUCUUUGCUCUUCGCUUCCUUCUCGGGAUGUUCGAGUCGUGUGUUGCACCUAUUCUCAUCCUGAUCAUCUCGAUGUUCUACAAGAAAGAUGAACAGGCGACUCGCAUCUCCUGGUUUUAUGUCAUGAAUGGGCUGACGAGCAUAUUCGGCGGCUUCGUCGCAUAUGGAAUAUCGUUUUAUGAUGGGCAUCGCCUCGCUCCUUGGAAAAUUAUAUACAUCGUCCUCGGCGGCCUCGCAAUUGGCGUUGGCAUAUGUGUGCUCCUCUGGAUGCCUGACUCUCCGGUGCAUGCGCAGAAUCUGACGCGGGAAGAGAGAAUUGCCGCUCUGGAACGUGUGCGUGACGACCAAGGAGGUACAGAAAACAAGACAUUCAAAUUGGAACAAGUGAAAGAGACACUGCUGGAUGUUCGCACAUGGUUGAUUGUGCUGACGACCAUGUUGACUAGCAUCCCGAAUGGCGGCCUCAGCAAUUUCAGUAAUCAAAUCAUUAGGAGCUUCGGAUACACCUCUAAGCAGACCUUGAUAUUGGGCACGCCCGGCGGUGCAAUUGCAGCGGUGACGACUCUUCUCUGUGCCUGGUACUCAGACAAGAAGAAUGAACGGAUGCUUCCCAUUGUAUUCGCCUUAGUACCCACAAUCGCAGGAGCUGCUAUGCUCAUUGGCCUCAAUGACUCCGGAAAGAAGGGUGCUUUGUUGUUUGGUACAUAUCUAAUCAGCACAUUUGGAAGCGCUUUGUCUACUGUCUACGCCUACAAUGCGAGUAACACGAGCGGUCAUACCAAGAAGGUGACCAUCAACGCGUUAACAAUGUUCACAUUCAGCCUGGGCAACAUCAUAGGAACAGAAAUAUUUCUUCCUAAAGAUGCGCCAGCAUACAUUCCAGGAAAAAUUGCCAUCAUGGUGCUCCUUACAGUUCAGCUCGGCGUUUGCUUUUUGCUACGUUUCAUAAAUGUUCAUCUGAACUCGAAGAAGCGCAAGGCGUUGGAAGACGAGAUACUUCGUCAUGGUUGGUCUGAUGCGGAAGUCCAGAAAGAGCGGGAGCGUCAUGCUUUCAUGGAUUUCACCGAUAGGCAGUGA